GCCUGAGCGGGGGAGGAGCAAACAACACUCUAGUGACGCGGCAGUUUCCCAGCAUACAGUGGGGCAUCAUGGCGGAUACAAGGGAAAAGGCUUUGCAAGACUACAGAAAAAAAUUACUCGAACACAAAGAAAUUGACGGAAGGUUAAAAGAAUUGAGAGAACAACUGAGAGAACAAACUAAACAGUACGAAAAAUCAGAAAAUGACCUGAAGGCUCUUCAAAGUGUUGGACAGAUUGUUGGAGAAGUCCUCAAACAGCUGACUGAGGAGAAAUUCAUUGUCAAGGCCACCAACGGCCCCAGAUAUGUGGUUGGAUGUCGCAGACAGUUGGACAAGUCCCAGCUGAAGCCAGGCACCAGAGUGGCGUUGGACAUGACCACACUCACUAUAAUGAGGUACUUGCCCAGAGAGGUGGACCCUCUGGUCUACAACAUGUCCCACGAGGACCCUGGCAGCGUGUCCUACUCUGAGAUCGGAGGCUUGUCCGAACAGAUCCGUGAGCUGAGAGAGGUGAUUGAGCUGCCUUUGACCAACCCUGAGCUCUUCCAGAGGGUGGGCAUCAUUCCCCCUAAAGGCUGUCUGCUCUACGGACCUCCAGGAACAGGAAAAACUCUUCUGGCCAGGGCAGUGGCCAGUCAGCUGGACUGUAACUUCCUCAAGGUGGUGUCAAGCUCCAUCGUGGACAAGUACAUCGGUGAGAGCGCCAGGCUGAUCAGAGAGAUGUUCAACUAUGCCAGAGACCACCAGCCCUGCAUCAUCUUUAUGGAUGAGAUUGAUGCCAUUGGCGGCCGUCGUUUCUCCGAGGGAACUUCUGCAGACAGAGAGAUCCAGAGGACGUUAAUGGAGCUGCUAAACCAGAUGGACGGCUUUGACACCCUUCACCGAGUUAAGAUGAUCAUGGCCACCAACAGGCCUGACACCCUGGACCCGGCCCUGCUGCGCCCCGGCAGACUGGAUCGUAAAAUCCACAUCGAACUGCCAAAUGAACAAGCUCGUCUGGACAUCCUCAAAAUCCACUCCAGUCCCAUCACCAAACACGGAGAAAUAGAUUAUGAAGCUAUUGUGAAGCUGUCAGACGGUUUCAACGGCGCUGAUCUGAGGAAUGUGUGCACAGAAGCAGGUUUGUUUGCUAUCCGCGCUGACAGAGAGUACGUCACUCAAGAGGACUUCAUGAAAGCCGUGCGGAAGGUGGCGGAUUCCAAGAAGCUUGAAUCCAAGCUGGACUACAAGCCUGUAUAAAUCAAAUGUCAUUGGCCUUUUCCCAUAUUUUCAUUGAUUUGCUGUGUUUGUUCUCCAGGUUACCAAUUUAGUGAUUUUUACUGAGUAACCCCUGUUUUGCCUUUAAUUAGUACAUAUGAAUUAGCUCAUAAAGGCUGAUCAUUCUCCCAUCUCACAGAACAUCUGUUAAAAGAAACUUGUACUAAAAAUACACUGUUAUAUGGAAAGUCCUUGUUUUUUAUUCUUUGAUCUCAUUGCCAUAAAGUGAGUGUGAUGGAUAUUCAGCAACCCACUGACUGCAUUUUGCAAAACCCAUUAAAGGUAAACAUUACACAA